AUGGCGACUCCCGAGGAAGAUUACUCUUCACUACCUCUUACUGAGCGAAUUACACAUAAGGUCUGGAAGGUUAGAGUUGCUGCAUAUGAAGAACUUACGAAAAAAUUUUCACAAGCGGAUCCAAACGAAAGCGAGUUUCGGCCUUAUGAAGGCUUUAUGAAAAAUAUUGCGACAGAUGCUAAUGCUGUUGCUCAAGAGACUGGCUUGUCAACACUACAGGCUUAUGUGGAAAAUGCACCUAAUCCAAUAAAGCAAGGUUUGGGUUCUUCCCGUGCCGGAACGAAGAAUAAAGCAGUUGAACUCAUUCUUACAUACAUUGAGGUGGACGUGCCUGAUCCGGUCGUGGUUAAACUUUAUAAAUGGUUAGGACAAGCAAUUAAUCCACAUCUACAAGAAUUAAAACCAGUUCAGGUUAAAGAAUUAAACGAAGCCUUUGAAAAAUUACCAAAAGAAAAAGUUACACAACAACGAUUUUUACGAUCACAGAAAGAAACGGAGGAAGCCGAAAAAGACGUAUAUGACUUAGCAGAGCCUGUUGAUGUACUGGCAAAAAUACCAAAAGAUUUUUAUACACAAGUGGCAUUAGAUGCUCUACUUGAAAUUUGCAAAACGCCGAGGAUUGCGGAUAAUAAUUAUGGAGAACUAAUUGCUGCGCUUACUAAGCGAAUUUCAGAUUCAAAUAUAUUAGUAGUAACGCUGGCUGCAAAUAUUAUUGAAGCUUUAGCAUUAGGUUUACGUGAAGCAUUUGCAAAAUAUAAACCAACGGUUACAAAUCCGUUGAUAGAGAAACUCAAAGAAAGAAAACAGAGUGUUGUGGAUGCUUUAGCAGCUGCUUUAGAUGCGAUAUUUUCUACUGUCACAAUUUCUGAUGUCACUGAAGAUAUCGUAGCCGCAGGAAAGCAUAAGAAUCCGCAAGUAAAAUCAGAAACAAUGAAAUGGCUAGUUAGAUGCUUGAAGAAUACCAAAUUAGCCCCUAACAAAGCAGAAAUCAAAUCAUUGACCGAAAUGAUGGUAAAAGCUUCUGAAGAUAGUUUUGAGCCUGUUCGUCUUUCUGCUGCAGAAGCUGCUGCUACCCAAACACCUAAAGCAAAACCUGCCGCUAAAACUGCGAGCAAAAAGAAUGAGAAUACUGAGCCAAAAAAGGCCGCAGAACCUCCAAAAAUCUCUAAAACUGCAGCCCAACCACCUAAAAAAGUUGCGAAACCACCAACUUCUGCUGCGCCACCGAAAAAAGGUGCAAAAACUAAGGAAGAAGAACCAUUGAGGUACAAGUUUUCAAAUGAAGAAGUUGAAUCGAGAUUUGCGGAAAUAGUUCCAGAAGAACAGACCGCUGAAUUGGGCGACAAAAAUUGGAAGAACCGUUUAGCAGCUUAUGAUCCAUUGCGAAAAGCUAAAUCUCCAAAAGUAUUGGCCGAUAGUUUGCUGUGGUUUCAUGGUGCCAUUAUGGAAUUUGGAAUUGCUGGAGUUCAAGUGCGAGAAUUGAUUGAUUUUAUCAAGUUCGCAUUAACUAGCUCUAACGCAGCUGUCCGUACCAAUGCUGUUGCUGUUUUGGGAGCAUUGAGGAUUUAUGUGGAUAUUAGGACAUUUGUUCAAGAUUUAAAUCCUACACAACUUGCUACCAUUGAUGCUGAAUUCGAAAAAGUUGCUGAUCAAGCCCCUCCCCAGCCUAUAAAAACAAGGCGCGGUGGAAAUGACGCGUUGGAAGAGCUUUUCCCAAAAGUUGAUAUCGGUGCACAAUUUACUAGCAAAAUGAUGGCAGAUGCUAAUGAUGAUAAAUGGAAAACACGGAAAGAAGCUCUUGAGCAAGUUCUUGCUAUUGUAGAUGCUAACAAGAGAAUUAAGCCGAAUUUAGUGUUGGUCGGUCCUGUGACAUCUGUGCUAACAGACCAAAAAGCUACUGUACGCGGUAGCGCAAUUAGUUGUUUGGAGUGCUUGGCGUCUGCCACUGGUCUUGAUCCUAUGGUUUCUUCAUUCGCAACCAGUCUUGGUUCUGAAAACCCUCUGUUGAGAAAAGAUUUAUUAAACUGGUUCUCGGAUCGUCUCAAAGAUGCGGAUGAAAAAAAUAAUUUACCAGAUUUACAAAUAUUAGUUCCGCCUCUAUUGUCGUGUUUGCAAGAUCGCAAUGGGGAUGUAAGGAAAGCUGCACAGUCGUGUUUAGGGCCUGUCGUAAAAAGUGCUGGCUAUGAUUUUGUGGUAACAAAAUGCGGAGAUCUUAAGGGAGCCGUAAAACAAACUAUAAUGCCAAUGAUUGAAGCAGUUCGACCAGCACAUGGAACCGGUCCUCUUCCAAGAGGGAAAGAUUCUAAAAAAUUAGGGGCAAAAUCAAGACUUGCUGUGCCAUCGAGUUCAAAAGACGGCAAAAAUAGUGAAACUGAUGCCUCUGAUGAUAUAGACGAAGAUGAUACACCAAAAUUACCGCCUGGAUUAAAACUUAAGCCACCGGCUAGUUCUGCACAGGGUAUACCAACUAGAUCUAUUGCAAUGUCACAUCCCACAUCAACAAAUGAUACUUCAAGUUCAGGUUUAGUUCCUCCCAAUGGGCAAAAUUCAUUGGCUGCUAAUAAUGCUCCACCAUCGUCAUUAAUUCCUCCAAACAAACUUUCAUCACCAGCCCAAAGGGGUGGUUUACCUCCAAGUGGCAUAGGUAGAGGGUUACCUGCACCUUCUCGUCUUCAAUUCUCAAGGUUCCGUCAGGGACCAAAUGGACAAACAUCAUCGCAAAAUGAUAAUUCCGAUGAUAAUAGCCAAAAGAAAGAAUAUACUAGUAUGGACAUUGAUAAAGUUGAUUAUUCGACGGCUACCAAUUCUGAGAGUCCAGCAGUAGUAAAUUCAUCUGGAAUACCCCCAGCUAGACAGCGUACUUCUGAACGUGGAAACGUCUUCUUGGUAGAAGUAGCCAUAUCUAAAAUUAUGAGCUUUGAGCAUCAACAAAGUAUUGAAGCAUUAAAAGAGCUGGAUAAACAUUUAAACACUUCCCCUGAAUCAAUUAUUCCUUAUGUCGAUGAGCUUGUUAAUGCACUAACUAUUCAAGUACGAAUGUCAUAUACGCAACUUGACCCACAAUCACAAAUUCUUGUUCGACUGUGCAAACAUCUUGUGAAUGCUUUAGUUCUGUUGUUUUCAAAUAAGAAUUUGGCCUUGGCGGUUUCACAAGAAUCGCUCGAGAGAUUAUUGUCAGAGCUUGCUCAUCGUCUUCUGGAUCUAAAUCUUCAAGUAUUGGAAGCAGGCCAACAAUUAUCAAAAGCUUUAAAUGUUUCAAUGGUGAAAGUUCUCGAAAAUAGUAAUCGUAAUGCAACUUAUAGAGAAGUGGAUGCCGCUGCGGCCACAACCCAUACGAAAUUCACAGAAUUAAUAAUGAAAUGUUUAUGGAAAUUAGCACGAUCAGUACAGGAAAAUCUAAAAUCAGGCAUCCUUUUGCCCAAUAAACUAUUGAGGGAUCUUAAUAACUUUUUCCUUGCUAUACCACCGGCUGAAUGGAAAAGGCGAGCUUCGGAAAAAGUUCCACUGGGUGAAAUGCCUCUUCGUACCGUAAAAACUUUGCUGGUUGAAUUAGUAACAGAUCUCAUCGAUGAUCCACAGCGUAGCUAUGUAUAUCCUUAUUUACACCAUAUGCUUGAAGCAUGCCGUAAAAAAGAAAAACAACCAACUAAUACAAAUAUACCUUUCGAUAAUUCACCAAGCCGUCCAUCAUCAAUUGGUUCCGUAAAGUCAGUUGUAAAUGAUACUACUUUUUCAAAUUUCGAGGCUACACAAGUUUCUUCAUCACGUGAACAAAUUCAAUCGCCCUCUCCAAGACAAAUAAAUGAAGUGCAUGCAAGAGGCUCACCGAUACCAGAAGUUCCUGGACAAAUUAGCGAAACUCAAUAUAAUAGUUCAGAACCAGCUAGUCCUGCCUCCCCUAUGACACCACGAUUUCCCACGCCAACUAGCAACAGCCGUUCAUCAGGGUCACAUGAAGUAGAAAUGAAUUCACGAUUAACACAAAUUUUCCUUAAAAUUGGAACUAGAGAAGAAACAAAACAGGGCAUUUACGAAUUAUAUGAAUUUCAAAAACAACAUCCUGAAAUGGAGAGUAAAGUUACGUCACAUUUAUCCAAAACUGGCCCGUAUUUCCAAAGUUAUAUACGCCGUGGUCUUGCAAAUAUUGCUGCUGAGGAAGAAGAAAAGGAACGUGCUAACGUAAUUGCUGAAGUGAAAACUUUAUUUCCUCUGGCUGGAAAUGCCGCAGAAGGUGGUCAGACUGAAGGUAAAGUUUGA